AUCGCAACAGCCCCCAGAAGCCCAUAUCGAGCCGCAAAGGAGCGCAUACCGUCCGAAAUGUCCCAAUCGAAACGCCCUGCGAACGACGCGUUCGGCUCGAACCAACUCGUCAAGCGCGCAAAGUCAGACGCGAACCUCGACAGCACCGCAGUUGCGAUAUCAAGUGGAACCGGGCAAAAUGGGGCGCUCAUACAAGCGGGACCGCGAGACGGCGCUCUUCAGUCGCCAGUCAUGGAAUUGACAGGCCAUUCUGGGGAGGUCUUCGCAGCACGAUUUGAUCCAACCGGCCGAUACAUUGCCUCAGGGUCAAUGGACCGUUCCAUCUUGCUCUGGCGAAGUUCUGGCGCAUGCGAAAACUACGGUGUCCUCAGUGGACACAAGCAAGCUGUACUAGACCUGCACUGGUCGCGAGACUCGAAAGUGCUGUUCUCUGCGUCAGCAGACAUGCACCUAGCAAGCUGGGACGUAGAGACUGGCGAGAGGAUACGAAGGCACCCCGGACAUGAAGAAGUGAUCAACUGCAUGGACGUCAGCAAGCGCGGCGAGGAGAUGCUUGUCAGUGGCUCGGACGACGGCUAUAUCGGCAUCUGGGACACAAGAACCAAAGACGCCGUAACUUUCAUUCCCACAGAUUUCCCAAUCACAGCGAUAUGCUUAGCGGAAGCCGGAAACGAGCUCUUCACAGGAGGAAUUGACAACGACAUCAAGGUCUGGGACCUACGAAAGCAAGCCGUCACAUACACACUCAUUGGUCACGCCGACACAGUGACCUCGCUUCAACUCUCUCCCGACAACCAGACACUGUUGUCAAAUGCACACGACUCAACAGUCAGAACAUGGGACGUCAGACCGUUCGCACCUGCGGACCGCCGCAUCAUGACCUUCGACGGAGCACCCACCGGACAAGAGCGCAACCUCCUCAAAGCAAGUUGGGAUUCAAAGGGUGAGAAGAUCGCAGCUGGUAGCGGAGACCAGAGUGUAGCUAUUUGGGAGGCGCGGACGGGCAAGCUUCUCAACAAGCUUCCCGGUCAUCGAGGCGCCGUGAACGAUGUACGCUUCCACCCGCUCGGUGAACCACUAUUGGUCUCCGCAUCGUCAGAUCGCACCCUUAUGGUUGGAGAGCUAGGAAGGUGAGAGUGUGGAAUCUGAAGCACUUGGCUACCGACUUUAGAAUUAGAAGCACCGCUUAACGCGUGGGGGGAGGAUCGAGGUGAGUCGAGCGGAGGAUCAGCUGCCCCGCGUGCACGUCACGGAGGCGUUGUUUACGUUGACAUUGGAUACGCCGGUGCGACGCUGGGAGGAAGAGAUUGAUCUCAGUCUCGGUCUCGUUGAGGCUGCAAGGAGAGCGAGCGUUGAGGGCGCGCCUUGGACGCAACGGAUUAAAGUGCACUGCAACGAAAACAAUGCAGUCAGGAAGAUAACCAAUACAAAGAC